AGCGGCGCUCCCGGCGAAAGGGCGCUGGGGGCCACCCCCUGGGAGGAGAUGGUGAGCGGCCCCGGGGGGCGGGGAGGCCGGCCCGGCCCUGUCUCCCCGAGGAAGGAGCAAGAGCAGAGGAGGACGAAGAAGAGGAAGAAGAAGGGCUGUCUGAACGAAGACGUUAACGGCUUCGCGGCGUACUUGCAGCAGCGGCGGGGGGGNNNUGGGCUGGAGGAGGAGGCGGCGGUAGCCCUGAAGAAGGACAGGCGCCGGGAGGAUAGGAGGCUGAAGAGGCAAGAAAUGAAGAAAAACGCCAUGGUAUGUUUCCACUGUAGAGAACCUGGCCACGGUGUAGCUGAUUGUCCUGCAGUGCUUGAAAGUCAAGAUAUGGGUACAGGAAUCUGUUACCGGUGCGGAUCCACAGAACAUGACAUCAGCAAAUGCAAAGCAAAAGUAGAUCCAGCUGUUGGGGCAUUUCCAUAUGCAAAAUGUUUCAUCUGUGGUGAGAUGGGGCACCUGUCAAGGUCGUGUCCAGAUAAUCCCAAAGGAUUGUAUGCUGAAGGUGGUGGCUGCAGACUUUGUGGCUCUGUGGAGCACUUCAGAAAAGACUGUCCGGAAAAACAGAACUCAGAUCAGGUUACGGUUGGGCGAUGGGCCAUUGGAAUGAGCGCAGAUUAUGAAGAAGUUGCAGAAACACCAAAGCUGGAAAAACCAAAAGUGAAAGUACCCAAAGUUGUUACUUUUUGA